AUGAGGCGAGGUCGCUCUCCAAACUCGCCCUCGCCCUAUAGGGCGCUGGCCCAUCACCAGCAGGCCUCAAAUUCUGGAGCUUCGUCCGACUCUGUCUCGUUGAUCAGAUCCUUCAAUGUCGAGACAAACCCGACCCGGCCCGUCCGACCUUCGCCGCUUACAACAUCUCUCAUUCGAGAUAUGCCACUGGAUUUGGUUGACCGGAUUAGAUCGUUCCCCCUUUUCAUGUCCGCUCCAGAGGAAUUCCUCGUUGCCAUCGGAAACCAUCUAAAGCCUCAGAUUCAAAGCCCCAAUGAUCACAUCGUGACUGAGGGCGACGAUGCGAAGGCAAUGUACUGGCUAGUUCGCGGCGUAGUUGCCGUGACGUCACGAGAUGGCGAGGCUGUUUACGCGGAGCUUAAGGCGGGAGCCUUUUUUGGUGAGAUUGGCGUCCUUAUGCAGAUGCCGCGCACAGCAACCAUUAUUGCCCGAACGAAAUGUCUCCUGCUGGUGCUGAAGAAGGAAGACUUGCAUACUGUUAUGCCAAAAUUUCCCGAGAUGGAGAAGGCUAUCCGGGAGGAGGCACAAGAACGACUGAAUCUUCUCAAAAAGAGAAGACAAGAGGGUGGCAAGUUGCUCAAGUCUCCCAAAGGGGAUUUCAGUGCCAGAGAAGCUGCCCCUGGCGAAGUAUCUACAGGGGAGAGGGGUGCUAUCAGGGACGGUGCCGUGGUCAAUUCCAAGAAGAGAAAGUCACCAAGCCCAGGGAUUAUCGAGGACCCUGCUGCUGGAAGCGCAAUUGGCAGUGGCCAAAUCAACAUUCGGACGACGCUUAAGGAGCUGCCGCUCUUCUCAACUCUUCCAGCCGACAUUCUGCACUUUCUUGGACUCAGUGCUCAACCAAAAACGUAUACGCCUUUCACGGAUAUUGUCCGCCAGGGGCUUCCAGGCAAUGAGAUCUUCUUCAUUGUUCGUGGUGAAGCUGAAGUAAUUCACGAUGAACCAAUUGUCAACGAGGGAUUCCAAGGCAAUACUCGAUUUCCCCAGAAGAGACCGCGGUUGAAAGCAGGGCAAUACUUUGGAGAAGUUGCGAGUUUGGGCCUCUCUCGCGGCAGGACAGCCACCGUCCGAGCCAUCACGACUGUCGAGUGCAUCAUGAUCACCGGUGAUGUGCUGGAUGAAUUCUGGAGACGAUGCCCUCCGGAUAUCAAGACGCAGGUUGAAGAGACAGCGCGUCUUCGAUAUCAGAAGCAAAGCGACGAUGUUGAUAUGGUUGACGCCGACGUCAGGGAAAAGGCCAACAAGUCUGAUCCGCCGACUCCUACCACGCCUACGCGAGCUACGUUGCCUGGUUUGAUCUUCACUACGCCGUCCAAGCCGACUUCCCCGGCGAAGGACGAUUCUGGCAAUAUGGAACCCAAAGAUCCCGAUCCGUUUUUGAGUGUGAACAUGGAGAACAUUAGGAAUCGCCGUCGUCACUCGUUGGCGCCUCCCAUUCCACCAACUGACAGUUCUGGGCCCACUACUAAUGGGGUGAGAGCUGGUUCUCGUCUUUCAGAGGUGACACCCAUCAAGUUUGCGUUUACCGACACGAUGGACAGCGACGACGUUCCAGCCAAGAGAGUUAGGACGACCUUACCUCGGCGACCCCUUACGAUGAGCAAGCCUGUGCUUUCAGAUGAGAUCUUGAUCUAUAUUUUCAAGCAUGUCGAUAUUGGAGAACUCUUCCGGCUACGACUCGUCAGCACCCAUUGGCGCAAGCUGCUGACAACUUCGCCCAAAGUUUGUCAGAAUGUCGAUCUCUCGAUUUACAACCGCAAGGUUACCGAUGAACUCAUUACAAAAGUUCUUGCUCCCUUCAUCGGCACACGGGCUGUGUCCAUUGACCUCAAUAAUUGCUUCCAUAUAACUGACGAGGGCUUUGAAGCUCUGUGGCGAAAUUGCGGCAAGAACGUCAAACGAUGGAAGAUGAAGUCGGUUUGGGAUGUUUCGGCGAACCAGAUUUUGGAGAUGAGUGAGAAUGCAAAGGGAUUGGAAGAGGUGGAUUGGAGCAACUGCCGCAAGGUUGGUGACAACCUGCUAGGCCGUGUCGUAGGCUGGGUGGUACCUGAUCCGCCACCUGCGAAGCCGCCUCCAUCGAAGCAAGUUGUCAUCUCAAGCUCAACAGCUCGUUCAAGGAGCAAGGCACAUCAGCAGCAACAGAAGCAAGCUGCGCCUACGAUACUUCCACCGGGCACUGUGGUUGGUUGCCCGAAUUUGAAACGGCUCAACCUCUCGUACUGCAAACAUAUCACGGAUCGGUCAAUGGCUCAUCUCGCUGCCCACGCAUCGAAUCGGAUUGAGUCCUUGUCUCUCACUCGGUGCACAUCGAUUACUGACGCAGGGUUUCAAUCUUGGGCGCCUUUCCGGUUUGAAAAGCUGUCUCGGCUCUGCUUGGCAGAUUGCACAUAUCUGUCAGACAAUGCGAUUGUUGCCCUUGUCAACUCGGCUAAGAACCUCACUCAUCUGGAUCUGUCGUUUUGUUGCGCCCUCUCUGAUACAGCAACUGAGGUGGUGGCUCUUCGCCUGCCUAAGUUGCGGGAACUACGGCUAGCAUUUUGUGGAAGCGCAGUCAGCGAUGGAAGCUUGGAGAGCGUGGCACUUCAUCUGAACGACCUUGAAGCUUUGAGUGUACGUGGUUGUGUGCGUGUUACAGGACGGGGAGUUGAGAAUGUCCUUAAUGGCUGCGGACGACUCAACUUGAUGGACGUCAGCCAAUGUCGAAACUUGGAGUCUUGGCUGAGGGCUGGCAGCGUUGCAAACUGGGGUUAUGAUGAUCGAGCUGGUCAGCGGCCAAGAGCAAGCGUCUCGGGCGAGAGCGGUGAGGGCGAGGAGGAAUUGCCUGCACCAAAGGCCAUGAGCGUCGCGAUGCUCACGUCGCAAAACUUUAUGCCGCGGUCAGCGUUCGGUUACAGGGCAAAGAGGGCUCGGCGACCUGUUCGGUUCGUCAUCGAGAAAGGAACUGGUGGCUUGCGAUGA